CCACAGGAGACAGACUGUACAUCACCAGCUACUGGCACAACAAGCUUCUCACCCUGGCCAGGGAUGGCACACUCCUGGCUACAUUCACAGACCCAGCACUACUGCGCCCACUUGGUCUACAUGUGACCCCUGCAGGCCAGGUGCUGGUCUGUGGAUACUGGCCCGACACUGUACUACAGGUGGGCUGGGAGGGAGAGAGUAAGCUUGCUAAUCUUGCUACUCAGAAGGAUGGAGUGUGGGGCCCACAGUCAGUCUGCUACAGCAGCACCACAUCAUCCAUCAUUGUGGGACUGUACGGGAAAGACAACAUCCUGGUGUUGAGAGUGGAAUAGUGUGUACAUUCGCUGCUGAGUCAGGACAAGGAUGCUGAGGAUGUGGUGGACAAGGAUGACCUGAAUACACAGAAGCAAUUGCUGAGCACAGCGGAAGACUGUUUAAUGAAAGGCUCAGCGGUAUCAAAGUCCAGCAAUGUGCGGGGACGCGGCCUAUCCAUAUCCGUAUAUUACAUCAUUUUAGCUGUCACUAACAUGGGAGAUAACUGUAGAUCUGCGCCAGCACAACUGCUAAGCACAGAAGACAAAGGAGUAGUGAAAGGCUCAGCCAAAUCAAAGUCCAGCGAUGUGAGGGUGACACAGCCUUUCAAGUCCUCGUAUUGCAACAUGAAGGACAUUUUAGCUGAAACUAACAAGGGAGAAAACUGUAGAUCUGCACCAGCAAGCACCAGCAUUGAUAUCGAGUUGGCCCAGCAACCACACCAGUCCUGCCUGCAGAAGCCCCAGUCCAGAUUGACCCUCCCCCUCCAUUGACUUCUAACUCCUCCCCCUUGACCUCCUGCCUCAAAAAGUCAGCAUCGUUGAACAACUCUGUUCUGCAGGAAAUUCUUAGGGUGAUUCUGUUCUGACAAACGCAAUGCCCACGUCACGUUUUCCAAACAUAAGCCUGGGUAGUUUUGUUAAGCUAGAGUUCCGCGUGAGCCUGAAAGGGACGAGUGUUACAGACACGAAAAGUUAUAGCAGUAGUUAUGGUAACGCUAACAGUCAGUUGUUGCUGUUGGACAUCACAACAAAUAUCAUGAAGAAUAAAAAGUUCAAUCACUUGUUCCAAUCUUUAUGGGACAAACAGAAAUUGAACAGGAGAGAAUCAAGGAACAAUAAAAGCGUGAGCUUUCCUAGUGGCAUACGUCUGCUGUUGAUAGUUUGGACAACAGUAGGGUUACGGACUGCCCCAGAUUGUCCUCUCAGCGGCCAAA